UCAUUUUGUGAGAUGUGUAUGGAGACCAGGCUUGUUUUUGUUUCUGCAAGACCAAAUCCCAUGAAUCCUAACAAAUUGUGACCGAAGAUGUUAAAUUUGGAGCUUGUCAUUCUUUUUCUGUCUUUGCUGCUUCACUUUUCAUCGACUCAAACUGAGGAAAUACAAGAGAACCAGGAGGUUUUUGGCAAAUCUACCACAGAAAUCCCACGCUCUCUGAGACCUGGUGUGACUGAAGUGUUUUUUGUGGACAGCCAGAUUCAAACAGUACCUAAAGGAGCCUUUGCUGAAAACCCACAGUUGGAGAAAGUGGAAUUCAUGACCACAAACACCACAUCCAUUGAAGUGGGAGCUUUUGAAGGUUUGGUGAACCUCAAGAGAGUUGAGAUCUCCAACAAUCCAUUAACUUCAGUUUCAGUGGGAACCUUUAAUGAUGUCAUCAAUCUGGAGACACUUAUUAUAAAGUUUAACAAGCUUCAAAAACUUGAGAAAGGUGUAUUUGAAAAUCUUAGUAACUUAGAAGAUCUACAGAUACAUGGAAAUGAGAUCGAGUUUAUUGAAGAGCAGACAUUUGAUGAUCUCGUCAACCUUCAGAAGCUUAACUUGGGCAAAAACAAUCUUACAGCUGUAUCAACAACCUGGUUCUCUAAUCUGAAUAAACUAAGGACUUUUCGACUUUAUGAAAAUCAGCUCAGCAGCGUUCCUGAAGAUCUGUUCGUAAACCUACCAAACUUAGAUGAAAUAGGUUUGCAUGGAAAUAAAAUAAGAGAACUGCCACCUAAUCUGUUCCCACAUAAAGACAAACUGAGCAAACUGUUUUUGGAAAAUAACCUUCUCACAACUUUACCGGAUAAAUUCUUUGUUGGCUUCCCCAAGCUUAAAAUACUGACCCUAAAGAAGAACCAACUGACAAGUCUGCCGCCGGUCCUGUUUGGAGAACUGUUCAAACUGACAGAGCUGAGCCUCCAACAAAACAAUCUCAGCAGUCUUCCUGCAGGAAUAUUCAGCUCUCUGAAGAAACUCAAGAAGUUAGAUCUUUCUAAAAAUCACUUUGUGACCUUGUCGUCUGACUAUUUUGACGGCCCGGAGAAGAUCACCGAGUUAAAUCUACAGAACAACAAAAUACAGACGUUGGAUGCAAAUAUGUUUGAAAACCUACGAUCUUUGAACACACUCAAGCUUGCCUACAACAAAAUUGAAAGACUUCCUGCUGAUGUUUUUGAGUCUUUAUCCAAACUUGCAAAGCUUGAUCUGAGUCACAACCCCUGGAACUGUGACUGUAACCUGAGAGAUUUUUAUCAGUGGAUGAGGCUGAAUGUUGACAAGCUGUUGUCUGAGGUGGCCUGUGAGUAUCCAGAACACCUGAAUGGAACAGAAAUCAUAUCUUUAACAGAGGACCAGUUAAUCUGCCCCACCCUUCCACCAACAACCACAAAACCAACAACCACCACCCGCACUACCACUACACUUCCUACYACAUCACCAACCACUGCACAACUAAUCACCACCCACCUUACAACYACAGCAGCAGUCACCACUUUGCCCACAACAACUACCAUAAUCCAAACAACCACACCCACAACAACUAUCAGCACAGUCCUGACCACAACUCCCACUACAACCACUACAACACCCCCUCCCACAACCAUUCAGACAACUAUCCCAAGCACUACAGCAACAACCACUACAACUGUACCUACAACCCCUACAACUUCCACCACAGUAACAACCAAACUUACAACUGCUUUAACAACCAUACUCACAACAUUUCCAUUCAUGACAACAACCCCAACUACAACAACCACACUCCCAACUACUCUACCAACAACCACACUCGCUACUACUCUACCAACAACUACAGUCCAAACUACAUUACCAACAACACCCACACUCAUAACUACAAUACCAACUACAACCACACUUGCUACUACUCUACCAACAACCACACUUACAAUACAAACAACUACAGUCCAAACUACUUUACCAACAACCAAACUUACAACUACAUUACCAUCAACUACAGUCCAGACUACUUUACCAACAACCACACUUACUACUACAAUACCAACAACUACAGUCCAAACUACUUUACCAACAACCACACUUACAACUACAAUACCAACAACUACAGUCCAAACAACUUUACCAACUACAACAACAACUACAAUACCAACAACUACAGUCCAAACUACUUUACCAACUACAACAACUACAAUACCAACAACUAUAGUCCAAACUACUUUACCAACUACAACAACAACUACAAUACCAAUCACAACCACCACUCUCAGGCCAACCCAUCCUCCACCAUCUUUUUCCUACAUCCAUCGGAUUUGUGAGAAGGUCCAGGAGUGCAAAAUCUGGAUGAUGGUUUACGUGGCACUGCUUGUGGUUCAGAUYCCGUGCAUGGUGGCGUUGGCCAAGUUCACCUUUUCUCUUUACAGAAGACAGUUGUUUGAUGUGAUGCAAUAUGACAAGAAAGACAAAAAGUUGUGCUUUUAA